GUAGUCACUUGAGAAGACCGGUUUUGUACGUCCACUAGUCACAGCUACUUCGAUUCGCCAAACCUCACAAUGUUACGAUACUGUUUACUGGUUUUAUUACCAUUUGUGGUACAAGCUUCACCAUACAACGUGCACUUAGACUCUUACCGAUGGAAUAUCGUCUUGGGAGACUUCACUUGGUUUGAGGCUAGGGAUGCUUGUGAUGCAUCGGGAGGACGACUUGCUGUAUUUGACCAGAAAAACAAAAACAAAGCUGUUCGACAAUUCAUUAUGGCAACCCCCGAGUUGAAGGAAGGUCCCGGUGGCGGCUUCUGGAUUGGAUGUCAUGAUUUGAAGUGUGAAGGUGUUUUCGAAUGGGUGAACGGAAUUGAGGUAUCAAGCAUGUGGACUCAAUGGUACCAGGGACCACCAACCGAACAGCCCAACAACAACCCAGCACAAGAAGGAGGCCAAGACUGUUGCCAACUAUGGAAAAAACCACAAAACAAGCCAGUUUAUCACUGGGAUGACGAGUUCUGUGACGCAGAGAAAGGAUACGUGUGUGAAUACCAUCACGCCGAAUGCUGAGAAACUCAACAAUAAGAUGACCGACGCCUCGACACGAACCAAGUAACGUCACAUGUUCGAUGAAAUGUAAAUUAUUUUAUUUUAGCCAAUAUUAAUACAAUACGUUGUUUAACAAGUAAAUA